CCAUAAAAGCAGACCGAAUCUCGUAUCCUGGUAAAAGUUUCCUGGUAUUUCUUCAAGAACAGACUGGUUGGAUCCAUUCUACAGAGACACAACAAGUGUGUUUUGUCAUUUCGUCUACUAGUGACGUCUACAUAACAAGAUUUAAAAUGAACAAGUUAUUCUUCACAUUAUGCGUUGUGGCGUUUGCCACACACGCGGUUUUUGCUGAUGAUGACGAUGACAAAACUCAGAAAGACAAGGGCGUUGGAACCGUGAUUGGAAUUGAUCUUGGCACAACAUACUCUUGCGUCGGCGUCUUCAAGAACGGCCGCGUUGAGAUCAUUGCCAACGACCAGGGGAACCGCAUCACGCCAUCUUACGUUGCAUUUACGGCGGAGGGAGAGCGGUUGGUGGGCGACGCCGCCAAGAACCAGCUGACGAGCAACCCGGAGAACACGGUGUUCGACGUGAAGCGCAUGGUCGGUCGCGACUGGACGGACUCGGCGAUCCAGCACGAUAUCAAGUUCUUCCCGUUCAAGGUGAAGAACAAGAACAACAAGCCGAUGGUCGAGCUGAUCGUCGACGACAAGCCAACGAUGUUCGCUCCCGAAGAGAUCUCGGCAAUGGUGCUCGGCAAGAUGAAGGAGACCGCUGAGGCGUACCUGGGCAAGGAGGUGACCCACGCCGUCGUCACCGUGCCGGCGUACUUCAACGACGCGCAGCGGCAGGCGACGAAAGACGCCGGAACGAUCGCUGGCCUCAACGUGAUGCGCAUCAUCAACGAACCGACUGCUGCUGCGAUUGCUUACGGUUUGGACAAGAAGGAAGGCGAGAAGAACGUGUUGGUGUUCGAUCUUGGUGGUGGAACCUUCGAUGUGUCUCUGCUCACCAUUGACAAUGGUGUCUUUGAGGUCAUCGCUACCAACGGUGACACACAUCUCGGUGGUGAGGACUUUGAUCAGAGAGUAAUGGACCACUUCAUCAAGCUGUACAAGAAGAAGACCGGCAAGGACAUCAGGAAGGACAACCGGGCCGUGCAGAAGCUGAGACGCGAGGUGGAGAAGGCAAAGAGGACGCUCAGUUCCCAGCACCAGGCCAGAGUCGACAUCGAGUCGUUCUUCGACGGUGAGGACUUCUCAGAGACACUGACGAGGGCUAAGUUUGAAGAACUGAACAUGGAUCUGUUCCGCUCUACGAUGAAGCCUGUACAGAAGGUGCUGGAGGAUUCUGACCUACAGAAGCAGGAGGUCGACGAGAUCGUACUCGUUGGCGGAUCCACCCGCAUCCCGAAGAUCCAGCAGCUUGUCAAGGAGUUGUUCAACGGCAAGGAGCCGAGCCGCGGCAUCAACCCGGAUGAGGCGGUCGCGUUCGGCGCUGCAGUGCAGGCCGGCGUGCUCGGCGGAGAGAGCGAGACCGGUGACCUGGUGUUGUUGGACGUUAACCCGCUAACGAUGGGCAUCGAGACGGUCGGUGGUGUGAUGACCAAACUCAUCCCUAGGAACACUGUGAUCCCCACCAAGAAAUCUCAGAUCUUCUCCACCGCCUCCGACAACCAGCCAACCGUGACGAUUCAGGUGUUCGAGGGUGAGCGACCGAUGACGAAGGACAACCACCUGCUCGGCAAGUUUGACCUGAACGGCAUCCCGCCGGCGCCGCGCGGCGUGCCGCAGAUCGAGGUGACGUUCGAGAUCAACGUCGACGGCAUCCUGCACGUGUCCGCCGAGGACAAGGGCACGGGCAAGAAAGAGAAGAUCACGAUCACGAACGACCACAACCGGCUGUCGCCCGAGGACAUCGAGCGGAUGAUCAACGACGCCGAGAAGUUCUCCGACGAAGACAAGAAGGUGAAGGAGCGCGUCGAGGCGAAGAACGAGCUCGAGAGCUACGCGUACUCGCUGAAAAACCAGCUCGGCGACAAGGAGAAGCUGGGCGGCAAGUUGUCGGACGACGACAAGGCGACGAUCGAGCGGCUUGUCGACGAGAACAUCGCCUGGCUGGAAGCGAACCCGGACGCGGACAUCGAUGACCUGAAGCAGCACAAGAAGGACAUGGAAGCGGAGAUCACGCCGAUCAUCUCGAAGCUGUACGAGGGCGCGGGCGGGCCGCCGCAAGAUGGCGCCGAGCCGAGCGAGGAGGAGGAGCACGACGAGUUGUAGUUGCACUGCCUUUUGUCGCGUUACGGGUUUUCAGGAGACCGGCGGCCUCUGAUUGGACGCCCGCCCGAGAUCACUCGCUGUGAUGCAGCGCACGCGCACGGUGUUUCUUCCGCCAGAGAGAGGCUGCAGCCUUAGGGGGCGUUGGUGGUAACUCUAGUGAUCUUGUUCUCUGUCUACUCCCUAGGGGGCGUAUGUAUCGGUAGUGGCUGUCUGGGUCUGUUUCAUCACUGCCGUAUUCCACAAGAUUGCUUGACACGAGCCGAGCAGGGAUCCCCUAAUCACAGGUGUACGUUUCUUGCGCCAACUUAACUAUCGUUCUACGUAAACUGAUCGGUGGCGAUGGUCGAAGGUGGUGUAUCAAGUCAAUAGCUGUAUAUUGUCCAUCACAUUGAUGUCUGCACUGGGGUUAAAACGUCAGGGGAGGGAGGUUGGGGAGGUAUUUGUUUGUGUGUGUGUGUACAUGUGUGUAUUAUUUUGUAGGAUUCUGGUAUUCUACAUGGAGUUGGUCGUUGAUAGUUGAUUUCUCUUCCCUAAGUAAGAGCUAUUGGAAAAUUAAUAAGUUAAUCAUUAGAUAUCAUUGUUUUGUUUUUAUCUAAACACGUUGUAAAUUAUUAUGCAGUUAAUCUGCGCAUGACCGGGAUGAAAGGCAGUGUAUGAGAUUUUGACUUAUCACAGUCUUUUGUGUAUAAAAAUAAAUACUUUUUAUACUUAA